UUGAGUAAGAAAGUAUAUUUCAGUAUUCUUGUUGGUGCUCCGAAAGGUCAAUCAGGUCAACCUGGAACAGUACAAACUGGAGCUGUGUUUUCUUGUCCACUCACGACUCAUUAUAGUUACAGUGCCAAUAUUGAAUGGUGUCAGCAGGAAAAUGUCGAAUAUGCUACUAUUGAUGAGCUUCAUAAACCCGUGAAUUCUGUCAACGGACGUCAAUUGCACUUUCAAGGGAAAAACAAGCAAAUGUUAGGAUCAGUAGUGGCAAGUGCUGGUGUCCCGUAUGGUAUGGCGAUGGCCUGCGCACCAUUGGUGCGAUACCAUAACAGUUCAGCCUACACAGAUGGUACUUGUUUCGUUCUCGAAAGUGACCUUACCCAGAAGGAAGUUCUGGUUUCCUGUUCACAACCAGGUCUACCUCGAACGGAUCGACACAAUGAAUUUGGUUCAUGCAUGGAAGGCUUCAGUGGUUACAUUGAUCAGUCGAUGGUUAUCACUGGUCUACCGGGAGCUAAAAAAUGGACCGGUGGAGUGUUUGGGCGAUAUUAUCCAAAGGAUAUGUUUGCAAUGAAUCAGGAUCGCUGGACGAUGGGAGUCGAUCCUAAAUUGCAUGGCGUAAGAUCUAAAUUCCAAGGACACGAUUAUCUUGGAUUUUCGGUCCGACGUGGACGCUUUGGUUUUUGGUAUGAAGAUGAAGAAAAUUCGACGGUAGUGACUGGUGCCACUCGCUACAACCAGACAGGUGCAGUUACCUUUCUACCCUUCAGAUCCGCGCAGAUCUCAGCAUCUCAGAUCUCACAUCAUCUCACUCUUACCGAUGAUGCGUAUAUCCUGACGGGAUCGCAACUGGGAUCAGCCUUCGGUUACUCUCUAGAAGUCACUGAUUUAAACAGUGAUGGAUAUGAUGAUUUGUUAGUUGGUGCUCCGUUUGAAUAUGCAGAAAGAGCAGAUGGCUCUUUUGGUGGUGCAGUGUAUAUCUUUUAUUCAUCUGGAAUACGUCGAAAACGUAAUGAAAAUGUGAAUGUUUUUCUGCAGCCAAUUAAAAUACGUGGUCGUGGAGUUUAUUCGCAAUUUGGUUUAGCAAUAACACGUUUGGGUAACGUGGAUGGUGACAGUAAUAACUACAAUGAUUUUGCCGUAGGUGCGCCAUUUAGCGACGGUGGAAAAGGUGUAGUAUACAUUUAUCUCGGUGCUAAAUCACGUGAAACCUUCAGCCAUAAACCUGUACAGGUGAUAGCUGCAGACGAUCUACCACAACAGUAUUUCCGCUCAAAACCACUAAAAACAUUUGGUUUUUCGUUAUCAGGUGGGUCUGAUCUAGAUGCAAACGGUUACAAUGAUUUGGUUGUUGGGGCUUUCGAUUCAGAUACAGUAACAGUUCUUCGAGCUCGGCCUGUAAUCAACAUAAAUGCUAAAUUUAUGCAUACUGAUAUGAAAAUUGAUAUUGAUGGUGACUCGUCUUGUUUCAGAGCUGCGCAAACAUGCUUUUCAAUCAGUACGGAGUUAUCAGCAGAUAAAGCAACUCUGAACAAUUCAUCGAAACUGCUUAAUUUUGAUAAUAGUGAUGUCUUUAAAUGUACACUGCAGGUGGUUCCGGUGAGUGCAGGGAUAGGAACACGAGCACGUAUUCUUGAAUCACGCAAAGAAAAUUUUACUUGGAACUGUGGGCGAAAUAUAAAUCAAAGACCACAAAUAAAACAUCACAAACUUUUUAUAACAAAUACGAAUAAUGACUGGAUAAAUCCAAUUAAACUUCAAUUUUCUGUACGUCUAAGAAAUGAAGCGAAGCCCGAAAUGCCACGUAGUGGUGAGAAAAUUGUUGAUAUGAAUUUAUAUCCUGUGCUCAAUAAAUAUGGUUCUCAGGACACUUUUAUUGUAAGUAUUCAUUUUAAUCGAAAAUGUGGCACAGAUAAUGUCUGUACAAGUGAUUUGCAGUUAAAAGCGGUCUUACCAGGGAUAUCUCAAGAAAAAGAUGGAAGUUAUGUAACACAAGUUGGAGAGAAAGCUAGUAUCGAUGUGUCAUUUAUGGUGAAGAACAAUGCUGAAAGAGCUUACGAAGCGAUGCUAUUUGUAGAAUACAAUUCAGAUGAAUUAGAUGUUCCAAAUUUGAAGAAGAAGGACGGUCCAGUAAAUCUUGAUGAUUUCAAGGACAACUUUGUUUUGAUAUCUCUUGGCAACCCUAUGGAACCAGACAGAGAGCUCAAAUUUGAGCUCAGUUUCCGGCUGGCUCGUGGACGUACAGAAGGUCUAGGUAAACCCUUGCGAUUUCGAGCAUUCGUUAAUAGCACUAGCGAUGAGAGUAAUUUAAGUGAUAAUUCGUGGGAAGCUGUUGUGCGAGUAAUUAAGCGAGCAGAAUUAGAACUCAGUGCUGUCUCCGAUCCCGCUAUUGUCAGAUAUGGCGGUGAACUCAGAUCUGAAUCAGAGAUGGAAUUUGAUGCUGACAUUGGACCACUUGUGUUACAUAAAUAUACAGUUACAAAUAAAGGUCCUUGGUCGGUAUCCAAUGUUACGGUUCAGGUCGAUUGGCCUUAUCAGGUUGCAAGUAUUUUUGCGAGAGGUAAAUGGGCUUUGUAUCUGCUUGAAACACCCUCAAUGGUAUUAACGAAUACUGAUAACAGCAAAGAUGUGAAAUUGUGUACAAUGGCUUUACCUCACGAAUGGGUCAAUCCACUACAGUUAAAGUUAUUCUUGGAAACAGAUAAUGAACAUUAUAAAGAAGAAAUGGAUGAGCACGGAAUAAAUGAAAAAGAAGAAGCAGAUGAUCUGAACCGAGUUAAAGUUGGUUUUGAUCACUUAUUACUGAAGUAUGAUGUCCGAACGAUUGGUGGGUACAGUGAAAGAAGACCAUCUCGAGAAUUGCGAAUUAAACCGACAAAAAUUCGGGAAAAAUCUGGUGAAGAAGUAGAAAUUGUUAGAGUGAACUGUGUUGAUAGAACAGCAAAAUGUUUCACUGUGACUUGUCAUUUCGAUUUUUUGGAUGUCGAUGCUUCGGCGGUGAUAGAUUUCCGAUCGCGAUUGUGGAAUGCUACUUUUGUCGAAGAUUAUUAUGACAUCACUUACGUUGCUAUUGUUUCAUCGGGUAGGAUUAUUUUGGAUGACAGUCAAGGUAUUGAGGAGAGGAACACACAGAAUAAUUUUGCAUCCGCAUCUACUCAUGCUUAUCCAGACCGGCCUGCAAUCUCAGAAACUGUUUCCAUGCCUUGGUGGCUCAUUCUAUUGGCUGCAAUACUUGGCUUGUUAAUUUUAUUCAUUUUAAUCGUCAUAUUUUGGAAGUGCGGAUUUUUCAAGCGGAAUCGGCCGCAACAUCCAAUACUGUAUCAAGCCGAGUAUCAGUUUCGACGAGAGGCAUCUAGUGAAGCUUAA